UUCACCAAUGACUUGCUGCUAAAAUCUCCCUUUGGUAUAAGACAGACUCUGGUGUUGGAAGUCCUUCUGUUUAUGUGUUGCUUUUAGUGGUUAAUGAAUAAAGAAUCUAUUUCAGCCAGUGGCUUAGCAGAAUAGAGCUAGGCGGGGAAAACUAAACUGAAUGCUGGGAGAAAGAAGGCAGAGUCAGUGAGAUGCAAUGGAGCUGUCAGAGGGGAAACACGUGAGCUGCUAGCUGAAACCUUGCCGAUAGGCCAAGAGCCUUGUGGUAAAAUAGAAAAUAAUGGAAAUGGAUUAACUCUAGAUGUAAGAGCCAGAUAGCAAUACGCUUAAGUGAUUGGCCAAGCAGUGAUUUAAAUAAUAUAGUUUCACUCUUCCUGUAAGCGGCUAGAGGUGACCCGUAAAGAUAGUUCGCUACUCUCUUGACCCAAAAAAAACCUAAAAAUCAUGCUAAUCAAGAGGAUCAAACCUUCAGGUUCACUUUAAGAACACCCAUGAAAUGGCCCAGGCCAUCAAGGGUAUGCAUAUCCAAAAAGCCACCAAGUAUCUGAAAGACGUCACUUUGAAGAAGCAGUGCGUGCCGUUCCGAUGGUACAAUGGUGGAGACAGUAGGUGCGCCCAGGCCAAACAGUGGAGCUGGACACAGGGUUGGUGGCCAAAAAAGAGUGUGGAAUUUUUGCUGCACAUGCUGGAAAAUGCAGAGAGCAAUGCUGAACUGAAGGGUUUAGAUGUGGACUCUCUGGUCAUUGAGCACAUCCAGGUGAACAAGGCACCUAAGAUGCGCCGACGAGCUUACAGAGCUCACGGCCGGAUUAACCCAUACAUGAGCUCCUACCCCUGCCACAUCAAGAUGAUCCUCACUGAAAAGGAACAGAUUGUUCCAAAGCCAGAAGAGGAGGUUGCACAGAAGAAAAAGAUAUCCCAGAAGAAACUGAAGAAACAAAAACUUCUGGCAUGGGAAUAAAUUCUACAUGAAAUAAAUGCAGAUAAAAGUAUAUAUAUAUAGUUUCUGCAUGAUUAUUUUGGGAGUCCGGGCAGCAGGGUAACAAACAAGUGGGCUUUUACAACAAGACCCCCUUUCUAGAGCUUGUUUGGUUCCUGUGACUGUGCUGCCUGUUACUCAGCUGGCUGCUCACGUCCUCUUUGCUGCUUCUUCUUCAUCUCCAGAGAUGAAGCUCUGCUGUUAUCUUUUUCUGUUUCUUCUCCUUUCUCUUGGUAAUGUCAUUGUUUUUAUUGCAACUGUUACCUCUUUAAGGAAGGCUUAAGCUUUCUUUGUCACCUUCAAGUUCCAUAGCCUUCUAAGUCACCUGUAAGCAUCUAGCACUAAAUAUAUCCAAGGUGUGUUCACCAUCUUCUGCAGUAUAGCAGCCUCUUCAUUUUAUUUUACCAUUUUCUUGGAGAAUCAAAACUUCAGAAUAAUUUCUAUACAGUUGGAAACAGGCAUCAUUCUUUAAAGGCUUCACAGUGAUAUAAUAUAGAAAUCUGAGCCACAGUCUGAGAUAGAAAGGAACUGCAGAGGAGCUGCAGACAGGAAAGCCUACCCAUGAAUUAGCUAGGAAUCCAUCAGUAGACAUAAUAGGGCUAAAGGAUCGGAGAGACCAUAUCCUUCCUAGACCUAACAGAUAACAAAAAUGCAUCUUGGACACCCAAGGACAUACAGUGAGCCAUUAACUGUGGUACACAACAUUCAUGAACACUCUAAGUUUGUAGUGAUUCCUUUU